ACAAAAUGGAUGUAAGAGCAAUUUUGUCACCAGACAAGCGAUUAAGAACAGAGUUACAAAGAAGAAAGAUUGCCCUUUUAGUGGGCACUCAAUGCUUCAUUCUUUUUAUGCUUAUAUUCUUUUUAUUUAGACGGAAAAAUAAUUUCAUGGGGGUACCACGACACACUCUCAUUUUGGAUACAAUGUAUGAUUUGUGUGAUCAGAUAAACGAUGAAGUUGACCGCUGUUUAAAAAAGCCAACCAGGAAGGAGCAGAACAAUGAGUUCUCAAAGAUAGAUAUUUCCGGGCUAAUCCCCAUUAGACUGUCAGAGAUGACUGCUGCUUUUGAGCUAAAUGGGGAUAUAUCCCAUUAUUUAUCUGUCUUAAAUGAGAAUAUAAAUACGAGCAUUAGCAUAAAGAACAGGAUUAUUAUAAAAAGAGUGAUACUUAAAGUAGAAAAUAUUCCCGAGGAAGAGGAAAUAUCUAUGUUGGCAGAUCACCCAAAUGUUGUACACACUUAUUUUACGUAUAGAUGCAAUUACACGAAUUAUAAGGGGGUAGACCAGAAAUUACUCUGGUUAUUUAUUGAACCAUUGGAUAUAAAGGUGUCUAUUAGGGAGCAUGGCAAGAAAGAGAACGAGAUUAGAAAUAUAAUGAGGGAUGUUCUCCUAGGACUGCAGUACCUUCACAGCAAGAAUAUUGCGCAUUUAGAUCUUAAGCUGUCCAAUGUCAUGGGGUAUCAUCAUAAUAAUGAGUCAAUUGUUUAUAAGAUUAUAGACUUUGGAUUCUCUCGGAUACUACCACAAGGAAAAAUAGAGCAAACGUAUCCGAAAAGGUGCUACGGAACAUUCCCGUACAAGCCCCCCGAGGUUUGGAUAUCAAGCAUUCAUGGGCUUGCUUCAGAUGUUUGGUGCAUUGGUGCUAUGUCGCUUUUUUUAGCGAAUAAGAAGUCCUCUUAUUUCCAAAAGAAAGGAGCUGCGGAUGCAGCAGGAAAUACAAAAGACUAUGCAGAGUUUAGAAGAUUUUUAGAAGGAAAGGUAAAGAUUCCCAUAGAUUCAGAAUCAUCACCAGAACUAGUUUCAUUUAUACAAUGUUGUAUGCGCAGAGCACCUGUUGACAGGCCUACUGUAGCGAAAUUAUUAAAGCAUCCUUUCAUAUGCGAUACUAAGCUUUCCCCUCAUGAGGCUCAGAACAUUCGGUAUAGUAUUUAA